AAAAAAAAACAUGCGUUGUUAUUUGAGAAAUAAUUUAGUGAUAUUUUAGUCAUUUUGAAUUGAAAUCGACAUGGCAAAUUUAGCUUGAAAUUAAAUUUAGCUCUGAAAUUUUAUGGGAGGACAAAAAAAUCCAACCUGUAUGCCAUUAACAAGCAGAAGAAAAGAAAUGUUAAGAAGGAAGGUUUCGGGUGUCAGAGUUUUAACGUCUCUUCUCUCAUCCUUAAUGUCCUGAUGCUGGCAAUGGGUAGAGGAGAGGCUAAGUGUUGUGAUAUGGAUUUCUCUGAAUUGACAAAGAUCAUCUCCAGUAGAAUUCAAAAACUUGAGCCAGACAAUGCCAUUAAGAUCAUGGGAUGCAUCCUCCUGAAGGAACCUGGGGAGCAAGAAAUGGUACAGUUAGCAAUUGGCCAUGAGAACAUUUUGCUAUCCAAAAUAAAUGAUGCCAAGGCCAUGCUCAGAAUGCUAUCGCCCAAGAACUCUGCUUUGGCUCAAAUCCAAUCCAUACCUGACAUCUCCCACCAGCCCGGUUCGUACCCUCCUUCCGGGUCAUGCCCCUUCUCCUCCCCUGCCAGCUUUCAUGUUCCCGCUCCCUAUUGGGAUCCUCAGCUUGCUUCCGAUCAGCAUUAUCCAAUGCACAACUUAAAUUUUUGCCCACCAACAUAUACGGAUUCAGUCGGGGAUGAGUACUCCCUUCAUAACAAACCCCAAUUCUUGGGCAUGGAUGAGCAAUUGGACACUGUGAACCCCACGGGCAGUUACUACCAUGCAGAUGCUGCCUUGGGUGGUGGGAUGACUGGUAGGACCAGCAGGAGAUCACAGAGCCUCUCGGAGUUACCUAUCAGGCCUUGCCAUUACUACAUCAAGGGUUUCUGCAAGCAUGGAGUGAACUGCAGGUACCCUCACAGCCUGUCCUACCUGGAUGGCUAUGCACAGUUAUUUGGCCCUGGCAUGAAUGAAUUGCCAAAUGAAGAUCAUGGAUUCACAGCUGGGACACUUGAGAAGCUAGAAAUGGAGAUCAUAGAGCUCUUGAGGUCAAAGAGGGGGAGUCCUGUUUCUAUUGCCUCAUUGCCUAUGCUGUAUUAUGAGAAGUAUGGAAGAAAUCUUCGGGCUGAGGGGUACCUCACUGAGAGCCAGUGGCAUGGGAAGGCUGGUUUCAGCUUGACAAAGUUGCUUGCCCGCUUGAAGAACAGCAUCCAGCUCAUAGACAGACCACAUGGGCAACAUUCGGUAGUACUAGCAGAAGAUGCCCACAGAUAUAUAGUAUGCAGGAACGAGAGAAGUGAUCCAGGUGUAACAGCUGCAAGUUCUCAUCAGAUAUAUCUUACAUUCCCAGCAGAGAGCACAUUUACUGAGGAAGAUGUUGCCAACUAUUUUAGAAUCUUUGGCCCAGUUCGUGAUGUGAGGAUUCCAAGCCAAGAAAAGCAAAUGUUUGGGUUUGUCAGCUUCCAUUAUGCACAGACUGUUAAUGAUAUUUUGAUGAAGCAGAAUCCCCAUUUUAUUUGUAAUUCUCGUGUCCUGGUAAAGCCAUAUAGGGAAAAAUCGAGGAACAUUGACAGAACCUAUAUGGAGAAAAUCAAACCUAAAACGUAUCAUCGUUCUCAAUAUCUUAAAAUGGAUCCUAAUCUUCAUGCAGUUCCAAGAGAAUCAGAUAGCUCGAGGAUGCUUAAAAGCAAGUUAAUUGAGCAGGAAAUGAUAUUUGAACUCGAGAGAAAAUGUCUCUUUGAGUUGAACUUAGCAUCUAAGCCACUAACUUGGCAACCUUAUUUCAGUUAUGACAUGGAAGGAUUUAAAGUUACAGAAGAGCUUUGUGCUGAUUGUUCAGAUUCCAAUGAGUUCCCUUUGAUAGAUCAUUUUAGCCAUACCCUUGAUGCUCUUAAUAAUGUUUCAACAAGUGAUGACAAAGCUAGGCAAACAAGUGACAGUUACAGUGACCAGGAGAGUGGCCAAAUUGAGCUCCCAGAGAGUCCUUUUUCUUGUCCACCAGUAGGAAGCAGCAUCUCUGCAGUCAUAUAGAUAUCCAGAGAAGAAGACAGAAGAAUAUAGAUAGAUUGCUCCAUUUCAUACUUCAACACAGCAGUUUUCAAAACCUAAACUCUACAGAUCAGUGAGAUGUUGAUGAAUUUUAUACCGAUAACCAAAAGAUCAGUCGCUUCAUUUUAAUUUCAUGGGAGAAGGUUACAAAAUUGAUACAAGCACAUGGAAUUGGAAAAGGUCUACACUCAUUGUAGAUAGUGGAGCAUAACUUCAUUGAUGAUCAUUGAAGAGAAAGGACUAGUUGUUCAGUAGAGGAAGAGGACAGCAUGAAUACAAGGUGUUGGGUUCAUUAUUCAGAGGCAGUUCUUCAUGACAUUUUGAACAGGAGGUGAUAUAUGACAGGGGCUAUUGCAAAUUGCAGUGGAUAUCUCAAUUUUGCAAGUAAGGAUCUGGCUAACAGUGCUAGGAAAUAAUGAGGGCAUCAUAUUGAAAUAGAUCAUAUAGUAUCAGUGAUGUUUUGUUGAUGGUGGGGUUGGAUCUGAUACUUGUUUAAUCAUGUCUUUUAACAAAACAAAGGACCCAUUAUUGUGAAUAUAUUUCUUCUUAGUUAUUG